AUGUAUUUCUUCACUCAACUAGAAUGUGAUUGUAUACUGAGAAAAAGAACAAGAGGGGGUAGGUCGUCCAACGGAUGGUGGGACCCGGUCGCCGAACAAGGUGUUGAAAGUGCAGAAGAGAAAGACGGGGAAAGGUUCAGCCCAGCCGCUUUGCUGACCCUCUUGUUUCUGUUUGGGUUCGACCGACGCUGCCUAUGUUUUUUGCGGCUAAAAGGAGCAGUAUCAUCGGCUAGAAAGCAAGCAAGACGGCACGGAGAUUUCUGCCUCUCCUCCCGCAGACGUCGCCUCCUUGAACCAGACACGCCACCAGGCAGCAGGAAAGUGAGGCAGGAGAAGGCUCUCCUCCUUGCAGCAGGCAUCGGUUCUAUUCUAUCAGCAAGCAGUUCAGAACCAAGAAGAUUGGAGACGGGCAUGCGCAGGGUUCGAGUCUCGUCCCACCACUCUCCGGUCCACAAGCUGGGCGAUUCGAACAUGAAGCUGACGCCCAAGUUCCGGCUUGCCGCCGGCACCACCUCAUCACCGUCCUCCUCCGAGCUGGAGCAACCUCAACCCCCAUGGGAGACGCCGCUCAUCCCGGGCCUCCCGGACGACGCGGCGCUCAACUGCCUGCUCCGGCUGCCCGUGGAGGCCCACGGCGCCUGCAGGCUCGUGUGCCGCCGCUGGCGCCACCUCCUGGCCGACAAGGCGCGCUUCUUCACGCAGCGGAGGGCCAUGGGCCUCCGCUCGCCGUGGCUCUUCACGCUCGCCUUCCACCGCUGCACGGGCAAGAUCCAGUGGAAGGUGCUGGACCUCGACCGCCUCGCCUGGCACGCCAUCCCCAGCAUGCCCUGCCGGGACCGGGCCUGCCCCCGCGGCUUCGGCUGCAUCGCCGUCCCGGGCGACGCCGCCCAGCUGCUCGUCUGCGGCGGGCUCGUCUCCGACAUGGACUGCCCGCUGCACCUGGUGCUCAGGUACGACGUCUGCAGGAACCGCUGGGCCGUCAUGGCCCGGAUGCUCUCGGCGCGGUCCUUCUUCGCCGGCGGCGUCGUCGACGGCCGCGUGUACGUCGCCGGGGGCUACAGCACGGACCAGUUCGAACUGAACUCAGCCGAGGUUCUCGACCCGGCCAACGGCGUGUGGCAACCAAUCGCCAGCAUGGGCACCAACAUGGCCUCCUCUGACUCGGCCGUGAUCGGCGGCAGGCUCUACGUCACCGAGGGCUGCGCGUGGCCCUUCUUCUCGUCGCCGAGAGGGCAGGUGUACGACCCCAGGGCCGACCGCUGGGAGGCGAUGCCGGCCGGGAUGCGCGAGGGGUGGACGGGGCAGAGCGUGGUCAUCGACGGGCGGCUGUUCGUCAUCUCGGAGUACGAGAGGAUGAAGGUGAAGGUGUACGAUCCGGAGACGGAUUCCUGGGAUCCUGUCGACGGGCCUCCCAUGCCCGAGCGGAUCAUGAAGCCUCUGUCCGUGAGCUGCCUGGACAGCAAGAUCGUCGUCGUUGGCCGGGGUCUCCAUGUGGUGAUCGGCCAUGUCAAGAAGCAAUCCGGCGGCAACAACGGCGGUGGCGGCGGUUCUUGUGACUACUUGGUUCGUUGGCAGGAUGUGGAGGUUCCCAGGGCGUUCAGCGAUCUGACGCCUUCAAGCAGUCAGAUUUUACAUGCUUAA